AUGUUCUAAAAAUUUGGAUAACAACUCAAACCUAUAAUCAAUCGAUCUUCCUCAGAAAAUAGGAAAGAAUAGCCAGUGACUAAGCCUAAUUACCAUUUUACACAGAAAAGAGACAGAAGUGAUUCAAGAGUACAAUAAUCUACAGUUGAAGAUUAAAAUCAGAAUAGCUUAAAACCGUAAUCUAAUUUGAUCUAGAGUGUUCCUGCCCAAAGAUUGACCAUCAAGUUGCCAGACUUAAAAGGCUAUUAGAAGUAAAUGGAAAAAUCAACAUCAGGGGCUGAUUUAACAAAAAAGCCACCUCUUUUAAAAAACAGACUUAUAUUAGAUUCUAAAACUAAAUAACAGCUACAAGGAUAAUAGAGUUCAUUAACUCAGACUCUCCCAAUUAAGAGUUAAAGAGAGGAGAAUUAGACCAUCUAAUAAUAAGGAAAGAAUAAAAUAAAGAUUACACAUUGUAGUUAAUCUAGAGCAGGGUUUGAUGGGAUUUAAGAGAAAACGAAUUAAGAUCGAGAGUUAUGUUUAUAAUUGGAUGAUAAUAAUUAUGGCUUUGCAGUGAUGGAUGGACAUGGGAUGGAUGGAGAUUACGUGAGUUCGUUUAUUAAAGAGUUGUUAAAAUAUAAUUUAACUAAAUUUUAUAAGGUAUUUGAUUUUCAGAAGGUAUUCUUUGAGAUGCAUCAGAAGAUGAAAUUUUAGACAGAAUUUGGUUGUUAAUUUUCAGGGACUACUUUGACAGUAAUAUUAAUAAGAGAAAAUACUAUUCAUUGUGGAUGGGUAGGAGAUAGCAGAGCAAUCUUGGUUAAAAGGAACAGCAAUACCAACAAUUUAAAUGUAGUUGAAUUGUCAAUAGAUCAUAAACCACAUUAGGAGAAUGAAAGAAUCAGAAUUGAGUAGAAUGGAGGAGUAGUCGAUACAUAUCAUUUACCUAAUGGAGCACCUAUAGGACCAUCGAGAGUAUGGGCAAGAGGAGCCUAAUUCCCUGGAUUGGCAAUGAGCAGAAGUUUAGGAGACACUGUUGCUGCAGCUAUAGGAGUGUCUUAAACUCCAGAUAUCAAAUCAGUAGAGAUUGACAAUAAGGAGGAUAUAUUUAUAGUUUUAGGAUCUGAUGGAAUAUGGGAGUUUUUGGAGAAUUAGAGUAUAGCUGAUAUGGUGUAUCCGUUUUAUCAGAAGAAUGAUGCUUAGGGAGCAUGUUAGAAGAUAGUUCAAGAAUCAGUGGCUGGAUGGAAAGCUCAUAGUGAAGGAAUAGAUGACAUUACGGCAAUUGUUAUAUUCUUUUAAUAUGAAUUGUGA